AUGACUGACAUCGCUGCUCCAGUCAUCGAAUUCGUCAUGCCCGAUCUCUCCAAAAACCUCGAAAUCACCCCCGAAACUCCAGAAACCCCCGAAUCCCCCAACAAACCAGCAACAAGAUCAUCGAAAAAACGAGAAACUUUGACGGCUGAAUUAUUGAAUAAUGAGAUCACAAAAAUGCGAUCGAUUAUCACAACAGCCAAAAAUCGAUUGAUUUCGAAAUCGAUUCGAAGGAAAAAGGAUUUGGAAUCAAAAGGGAAGAAGGCGGAAGAUGAGAAGAAAAAAGAGCAAUUGAAAAGACAAGCCGAGAGAUUGGGAGAGGAAAUUGAACAAAUGAAAGUGAGUGGACUGUUUUGAUAUGACAUAACUCAUGUUAGAAGUUGAGAAGGGUAGAAAUAGACCGCAGAAUUGUGAUCAACGGGUUGGAAAAUAAUAGAAACUUUGAAUUCCAUUGAAAUAUAUACUAAAAAUUUUCGAUCAAUCGUUAAUUUUCAAAAAAUGAAAAAAUUAAUCGAAAUUUUGAAACAGUAAAUUUUUGAAUUAGCGGUUUAAAAUUCCAAGAUCAAAUCGAUGCUGCAAAAUCCAAAAUUUGCCAAUUCGUAACUUUUGUUAAAUGUGGAGAAGGGUAGAAAUGAACUGUAGAAUCGUAAUCAGCGGGUCGAAAAAUAAUAGAGAAUUUGAAUUCCUUUGAAAUAUAGGAAUACAAAAAAUUUGAAUUUUCAAAAACGAUCGGAUCGUUAAUUUUCAAAAAAUGAGAAAAUUAAUCGAAAUUUUGAAACAGUAAAUUUUUGAGUUAUGAUUUCAAAACUUCGCUGGAAGAUCCAACCACGUCAUAACUCAUGUUAGAAGUUGAGAAAAAUGAAAAUGGGGCGCAGAAUCGUGAUCAGCGGAUUGGAAAACACUAGAAACGUUGAAAAAUCUUCAUAAAAAUUUGAAUUUCCAAACUCGAAAAUUUACUGUUUCAAAAUUUCUUGUAAUUUUAUGAAUGGAAUUUGAGAUUCGUUUGCUGAUCGUUAAAUGGUUUAUGAACAUUUUGAGAAAAAGAAACAAAUUCUCUUGAAAACACUACAUGAUUUUGGGGGAGAAGUAAAAUUCACUGUUUCAAAAUUUCUAGUUAUUGUUCUCUGGGGAUUUUAAAUACAAUACAAUAGCAAAUACUGCAAAAAUCCACAUAUAAACAAAUAUUAAGACGUGCCACGUCAUAACCAAAAAAACUACUGAAAAUUUUCAGACAAUCGAUCGAGACACCAUUGCCAAAUUCGCACUUCUCAACACAAAAUCUCUGGAAGAACUCAAAAUCACUGGCGAAACUCCAGUCAAUACAAGAUUAUUAUAUAAAUUGGCGACGCAUGAAGUUGUGGUGAAAACUGUCGAAUCGUAUCGACAAAAAUAUUUGGAUUUCAACAAAUCAGCCGCAUUCUUCUUGCAAAGACUUGGAUUGCAAUAUUCGCAUUUGAAGAAAGAAAAAGAAAAGGAAGAGGAAAAGAAAGAAAAGGAGGAGGAAAAGAUGGAAGAGGAGGAGGAUGAGGAAGAGAAAGAGGAUGAGGCUGGAAGUGAGGAAUUUGAUGAGGAUGACGUGGAAAUGGUGGAUAGUGAUGAUGAAGCUGAAAAAGAGGCGGCUGAGAAACGAAGAGAAUUAGUGAGCAUUUUUGAAAAUUGGAAAAUUUGAAGUGAACUCUGAAGAUGAGUUAUGAAGUGGCAAAUUUGGAAAAUCGUGAAUUUUCAAGACUUAAAAUUACAGUUUUCAAAUUUUUGCCACGUCAUAACUGAUGAUCAAAGUUAGGAUAAGAUGAUUUCAUCAAAAACCUUGUUGUAAAAAUGAGUUAUGACGUGGCGAAAUCCGAAAAUCGUGAAUUUACAAUUUGAUACUCCUGUGCUUGUAAAAUCAUUAUUUUUCAAUUUUGCCACGUCAUGACCCAUAUUAUGAGUUGAGCUAACUACUCUGCACAUGAGUUAUGACGUGGCCAAAUAUGGAAUCUUGAAAAUGUCCUGAUUUUACAAGUAUUCACGCUUUUGAGCGAUGCCUUGUAAAAUCAUGAUUUUUAAGCUUUGCCACGUCAUAACUCAUGUUUAAAGAAGAUUUUAUCGAUGACGUAGAAAAGUUAUGAAAUUUAGAUUUUCCACUUUGCCACGUCAUAACUCUUGUUCAGAAACCCUAAAUUCCAAAACCUUUCAUUUUUCAGCUUCUCGGCUUAAUUGGAGUCAAAGAAGAUAAAAAUCGACCAAAUCUCAAGCCAAGAAAGCGAAAAAUCGAAGAAGAACCAGAACCCGUCAACCCGAAAACCGCGAAAAAAUCAGCUGUGAAAGAGGAGAUGCAAAAAGUGUUGGAGGAGCAAUUGAAAAGUGUGAAGAGCAAAAAACCGGCGGGCAAGAAACCGGAGCCUAGGAAAAUCGCGAAAAAAGUUGAGGAGCCCGAAGAAAUUAUAGAAGAUGAGGAACCUGUGACAACUAUGAUUAAGAAGAUUGAUUUAUCAGCGGGUGGAAAAAUUGCGAAGAAAUCAAAGGUUUUGGCGAAGGAAGAGGAACCUAAAGAUGAAAAAGAGGAAUCUGAAGAUGAUGAUGAUGAUGAAACUCCAUUUUUCCUUCCCAAAAAUGGAGUUUCAAAGAUUGCUGAUAAACCAAAAGAGAAAGAAGAAAAGGAAAAAGUGGAGAAAAAUCGUGGAGCUAGUAAAAAGAAGAAUCCAACAGCGACUGGAGAAAUGCAUCCAUCUUGGGCUGCAAGUCAACAGAAAAAGCGGGAAAUGCAAAGUGCAAAACCGUGUGGAAAGAAAAUCACAUUUGAUGAUUGA